GAUGCGGUCGCCGCUGAUGGGAAGAAGCCAGCAGCUCAGGACAACACUCCAUCCACCGCGGAGAGCGUGGGGCGGCAUCGGUUCAACAGAAGAACCCCCGAAUCCAGCGACCCCAAAAGCAUCGGGUUUCCUCUCUCUUUCUAUCUCUGUACCAAAGAGAAGGACACUUCCCUUCUCCUCCUGCUUCGCCCCGCAAAUUCGACCACGCGCCCCCAUUCAUCUUCGUUCCUGCUUCUAGGGUUUCUCGUACCAUCGACCCUACCAGCUUUAGAAGCUUAUACCUCCGCAAUCACAACGAACUCGGCUUCGGCGGAGGGGUUUCGAGGGCUUAGGGUGCGUUGUUGGAUUGCAAAGUGCGUGAAUUGGUGAUCUUUCGCGGAGAUAAGCUGCUGUUCUAGCUUCCGCUGCUGCGUUUUAUUUUAUAGCUCUAAUUUACUAGCAAGGUGCUGGCUCAUUUCCUAUUUUGGGUAUUUUUGAUGAGUAUUGGAUUUGGCUGAUCUUCCCCAAAGCCGCGAAUCUGAAUUCCAAAGGACAGAAGGAAUUGCUGUUGAAUUUGCCAUGGAUUCUUUGCUAUUUCAAUCAAAGUAGGAGCUUUGGGCGUCGAACGCGAUUGAUGGAAGUAGCAAUUACCACCCGCGGUAGUCGAAUCACGUAGUCUGAAUGUUGGCGUCGGGGAGGGGAAUCGAGAUGAACUCCACGAUGGACGAGAUCAGUCUCCUCCGCCAAGCCCAGCGCCAUCAUCUUGUGGUGAGGGGAAUUGGGGAAGAGAUCGAUUUAGAAAUAGGCCCGGGCGAUGACGACCCUUCAUUCUCUAGCACAACCCUAGUUGGUGUACCUACACAAGAAUCCGUCGCUCCCUCGCAACAAGAAGACCACAAGCACCUUCUUUUAGCCGCGCAAACACCUAAUGACGAUCCGCAAGAGCCGGUGAAACUGCUGCAGACUAAGAAGAAGAAGAAGGUGGUGAAGAAGUGGAGGGAGGAGUGGGCGGACACGUAUAAGUGGGCUUAUGUUGACGUGCAUGAGAAUACGAGUAGGAUAUUUUGCUCCAUUUGUAAAGAGUAUGGGAGGAAGCAUAAGCGAAAUCCUUACGGGAAUGAGGGAAGUAGAAAUAUGCAGAUGAGCGCUCUAGAAGAACAUAAUAACAGUUUGCUCCACAAGGAAGCUCUUCGACUUCAGUUGGCAUCCAAGGACAAAACUCAGCCCGUUGUUGAGCGACCUGUCUAUAUGAAAGCAUUAAUGUCCAAAACUGCUGGUUCGAUUCUUGAAUCUGUUUUGAAGAGGGAUCCUCAUGAAGUUGAAUAUGUACAGUCUGUGCAAGAAGUGAUUCAUUCUUUAGAACCUGUAUUGCUGAAGAACUCUCAGUACAUUCAGAUCUUAGAGCGUUUUUUAGAACCUGAGCGAGCUAUUGUCUUUAGAGUGCCAUGGAUUGAUGAUAAGGGAGAAACACAUGUAAACAGAGGAUUCCGCGUGCAAUUUAGCCAAGUGUUGGGUCCAUGCAGGGGUGGCCUUCGCUUCCAUCCAUCGAUGAACUUAAGUGUUGCCAAGUUUCUUGGUUUUGAGCAGACAUUGAAAAAUGCUCUAUCACCCUAUAAGCUCGGAGGUGGUGGGGGAGGAAGCGAUUUCGAUCCAAAGGGAAAGAGUGAGAGCGAGAUCAUGCGAUUUUGUCAAAGCUUCAUGGACGAGCUGUAUAGGUAUCUGGGACCUGAUCAGGAUCUCCCUGCCGAAGAUAUGGGUGUCGGUCCUAGGGAAAUGGGUUACCUUUUUGGGCAGUAUAGGCGUCUUGUUGGUCAUUUCCAGGGAAGUUUUACAGGACCAAAAAUCUUCUGGUCAGGAUCUAGCCUUAGGACUGAAGCUACAGGAUAUGGACUGGUCUUUUUUGCACGCCUUAUACUUGCUGAGAUGAACAAGGAACUCAAAGGACUGAGAUGUGUCGUGAGUGGUUCUGGGAAGAUAGCAAUGCAUGUCUUGGAGAAGCUCCUUUCCUGCGGUGCCAUCCCUGUAACUAUAUCAGAUUCCAAGGGUUAUUUAUUUGAUGAAGAUGGGUUUGAUUAUGUGAAAUUCUCGCUUCUUAGGGACAUAAAGGUCCAACAAAGGAGUUUGAGUGACUAUACAAAAUCAUAUCCACGGGCAAAGUAUGUUGCAGAAGCAAAGCCUUGGAAUGAGCGAUGUGAUAUUGCUUUUCCUUGUGCAUGCCAAAAUGAGAUUGACCAAUCGGAAGCCCUUGCAAUAGUCAGUUCUGGUUGCCGUGUGCUGAUAGAAGGAUCAAAUAUGCCCUGUACCCUUCAGGCGAUUGAUGUUCUGAGAAAAGCAAAAGUACUGGUUGCUCCUGCAAAGGCUGCGAGUGCUGGAGGGGUUGCAGUUGGAGAACUUGAACUCAAUCAAGAGUACAAUUUGAUGCAGUGGUCAGCUGAAGAUUUCGAGACAAAGUUACAGGACACGAUGAAGCAGACAUAUGAGAGAUCACUUAAAGCUGCUAGUGACUAUGGCAUUUUGAAAGAAAAUCCUGAAGCUCUGGUGCAUGGAGGGAACAUCUGUGCUUUCCUAAAUCUUGCUCAGGCUAUGACUGAUCAAGGAUGCGUGUGAUAAAGAGCCUAAUAUAUAACAAUGGGGAUUACCAUGGAGAUGACCAGCAAAUGUAAAGUGCAUCUUUGGAAUUUCAGCGCGUCCUUUGAUUUUUCUUUGCCAAGAAAGCUUUGAUUUGCGUGAGUGGGAUGAACGAGGUCGCCCAAGUUGUAGCAUAGACAAUAAUCCAUGACGGUUACUGCAGAGAAUAAUUUAUUUUGGGUCGGUCUUUUUGUAUUAUUAGAUUUAAGAAUGUAAGAUGGAAUUGGUAAUAAAUCGCAUUAUUCUUUCUGUGUAAGCAAUUGGUUGGCCGAUAAAC